CGCCACUCUGAUAAAGGUCCGAGCAUCAUUUCCGACACAGAGGCGACAGAACGAGUCCACGCUGCAAUUGGGACCGUGGCAAUGAUGAUUGCGUUUCCCUUUGAAAGGAGCCCAAACAAGGAGAGGCGUUAGGGCAGAGAAGUCAAGUGGCCGCACUUGUUACUGUUGCUGCUGCGCUCAGGUGAGGCCGAGGGCGAGCGAGGACGCGCUCCUUUUCCUCCUCUUUUGUGCGCGCCAUGGAGCCGCACGCUGGACAACCACGCGACACCUGAUUUUGCUCCCUAAUCGUCGAAGGCUCGCUCCGGCUUAAUUUGAGUCGAACGUGCUUGGGGGAAGAACUCCACCAUGUUGGCUUUCAACGAGAUUCUAAGCACACGGGCAGCCCGGAGUCAGUGUCACGAAGGGUCCCGGGGAGUCUCAUCCAAAUCACAACAACAUCGCAGAGCCGCUUCCAGCUGUGCGUGUGUUUUGCUGCUGCUGCUGGUCACCCCACGAGUGGAUUCUUCAUGGUGGUACAUAGGUGCACUGGGUGCCCGUGUGAUCUGCGACAACAUCCCAGCCUUGGUGAAUAAGCAGCGGCAACUGUGCCAGCGCCACCCAGACAUCAUGCAGGCCAUCGGCGAGGGUACAAAGGAGUGGAUCCGAGAGUGCCAGCAUCAGUUCAGACACCAUCGCUGGAACUGUAGCACACUGGAACGCGAUCCCACUGUGUUCGGCCGCGUCUUGCUGAGAAGCAGCCGAGAAGCAGCAUUUGUCUAUGCCAUCUCCUCUGCUGGGGUGGUGUAUGCGCUUACUCGUGCCUGCAGCCAAGGUGAUCUUAAGAUGUGCAACUGUGACCCACAAAAACGUGGUCGGGACAAGGAUGAGCGAGGAGAAUUUGACUGGGGGGGAUGUAGUGACCACAUUAACUACGGGAUCAGGUUUGCCAAAGCCUUCAUAGACGCCAAAGAGAGGACGGUCCGUGAUGCACGGGCGCUUAUGAACCUGCACAACAACCGCUGUGGAAGAACUGCAGUGAAGCGUUUCAUGAAGCUGGAGUGCAAGUGUCACGGUGUUAGCGGCUCGUGCGCGCUGCGGACGUGUUGGAUGGCCAUGUCGGACUUCAGAAAGACUGGCGACUACCUGAGGAAGAAAUACAACGGGGCCAUCGAGGUGACCAUGAACCAAGACGGGACGGGAUUCACCGUAGCCAAUAAAGCCUUUCGGCGGGCCACCAAAAAUGACCUUGUCUACUUUGAAAACUCACCCAAUUAUUGUCUGCCGGAUAAAUCAACAGGUUCCAUCGGGACUGCUGGGCGCUUGUGCAAUAAGACAUCACACAGCCCCGAGGGAUGUGAGGUCAUGUGUUGUGGGCGGGGCUACGACACCACCAGAGUUGAACAAUUCACCCAGUGCGAGUGCAAAUUCGAAUGGUGCUGUGCUGUGGAAUGCAAGGUCUGCAAGGAAACUGUGGAUGUACACACAUGCAAGGCACCCAAGCAAGCAGAAUGGUUGGACAAGACCUGAUCACAAAAGCCCACGCUGCCAUCCUGGGAUGGAUCCCUACCCCUUCCCCUUUGCAGGCCAUCCUGCAGAAAAUGACAUUCUGGGAAAGUGUGUCUGAAUGCGCUCUGCAUCUCCGCCACCACCCCCUGUCUGCUUCUCAGUUCGUCAUUGCAUGGCUUAUGUACCUGUUUGUGUCAAAGCGGUAAAAUUCACUGCCGGUCAAUAUAAAUGAACCCCCGUUAGUCUCUGCUUGUGAACCAGUGGGGUCAGAGGAUGAACUGUGACAAAGAACAACCGAGGGAUUCAGAUGGAUAUGUAUCAACGUUUCAGUCCUUCGAAACUUUGUUCUAGUAACCGGUUGUGGGUUUAAAAUGGUUUGCUGCUUCUAGAAUGCUUUAACAUUCUUAUAUGAACUGUGCCCUCAAACCAGUAUUAUUACAAAAACGUCAUAUACUCACAUAUUUUCCAUUGUUUUUAUGGAUUUUUUUUUUUAACCCCAGCAACUGUUUUUGUCACACUGUGUGCACUUUGACCAGUGGAUAUAGAAGCUAAAGAAAUCUUUGGCAAUAGACUCAAGGAGAACAUGGAGAUGGCGCUUUUUUUCAAUAAAUGGACAAUAAAUUGAGUCAUUGGAAUGUUG